AUGGAUCCCGACGACCUGAACACGCAGCGUUUAUGCUAUGAUAUUAAAUCUUUUUUAAUCACAUCUGCUCUUUCUCCACCAUUUUAUUCUUUUUUUUUUUUUUUUUACUCGGGUCGGACGAGGGGGAAGAAGGGAGAGGUAGAGAGAAAAAGGAGAAGAGAUGAGGGCUUUGGAAAAUUUGCACGGAAAGAAUUAAAUAGUAAAUUGAUACGGUACUGA